AUAUGGAAGUCCAGCAGGGUUCCAACUUCCAAACAACUAUGAGUGAUAGCAUACAACAUCAACCUACUGAUACUUCAACUUUAGACGCGUCGACCGAAAGCAGUUCACAUCCGGAUCAUACGAAUGAUCAUGCGAAUGCACAUGAAUAUUCUGAAUAUACGGCUGAAAAAAACCAAGAAUAUCUUGAGUCCAUCAGAAGAGAAACCGCCGAAAAAACACCACUCGUAUGUUCGCCUGAAAGUAUUGAGAAUUUAUUAAAAGAAUAUCUGCAUGGUAGUGAAGUAUAUCAACAGAAGAUCAUGAAAUUGGCAGAGAAACAUCAUACAAUAAGACGUUGCAGAGGCGAUGGCAGCUGUUUUUAUAGGGCCUUUGGAUUUGCGUGGUUCGAACGACUUUUAAAUUCUAAAGACCCAACAAUUCAUCAAAACGCACUCGAAACGUUGACUUAUACGAAAAAUCAACUUCUUCCACUUUGGUAUGAAGAAUUGAUUUAUGAAGACAUGUAUGAAGAAGUCGAAGGACAUUUAAAAGCUAUUGUAGAAGGAAAAUAUGGUAGUGACAAAUUGUUAUCCAUCUUUCAAGAUGAAAGUAUCUCUAAUCAAAUAGUCAUGUAUCUUCGAUUUGUCACAACGGCCUACUUGAAAAAACAUUUUAAUGAAUACGAACCAUUUCUUGAUUGUGAUUUGGAAAUGGAUAAGUAUUGUAGUAAAUAUGUGGAAGGUAUGGAUAAAGAGGCGGACCAUAUUCAUGUCCUUGUAUUGACACGAGCUUUAAAAGUUCCGGUUGAAAUUGCUUACAUGAGCAGCUCCGAUGCGCUUGAUCAAGUCAAUUUUCAUGAAUUUUAUCCAGAAGAGGUCUCAAAAGGUGUUUUAUAUAUGAAACCUUUGGUGCUCCUCUACAGACCUGGGCACUAUGAUAUUUUAUAUCAGUCCGUUGACAAAAAUGGUUUGCGAUGUUGGUCACCUUUCCUGUCAUUAAAGUUUGUGAAUUGCGAGUUGGAAGUUAUACCUGAUCAUGCAAACGAUAACAUUGACAAUUAUGUUUCUAGCCUAAUUUCUAAUCACGACCUCAUUGCACCUUUAGCCUUCACUUUAUCACUUCCUUCUUCUGAUCCAAAUUUUAUCAGCCAACGACGGUUAUUGGCUUCUAAAAAGAAAGUUGGCGGGAAGAGUGAUAAAAAGGAUAAGGUAGCCUUUAAAGAAGAGGGCGAUAUAGAAAACAAAGAGGAUGCAAACUAUAGAACCUUUGAUAUGACCAGUAUUACAACUCAAAUGAAUUCUAUCAUCGGAAGGCUAAAAAAAGAAUAUGGUACAAUGAGGAUCGGACAGGCAAAUCCGGGCAUUCUUGAUUCCGUGAUAGUACCUCAUAAAGAUGGCAGCACACCUUUAAGGGAACUUACGCAAAUUACAGUCAAAGAUCCACAAACCUUAUUAGUGCACGUACACGAUGAAGAAAUGUUAAAAGCAGUUGAUAAAGCUAUAAGAUGCACAAAUCUUAAUUUAAAUCCAAUGAUUGAUGGAAAAGGUCUUAGAGUGCCUAUUCCAAAAGUCACGACGGAAUUUCGUGAAAAAAUGAUCAAAAUCGCGUCCAAAAUUGCAGAAAAUACAAAAACAAAGCUUCGCCUUGCAAGGCAGGACGGAUUAAAAGAUCUAAAAAAAGACAGUAAGAAUGGAUUGCCGAUUGAUAAAGCAAAAUUAUUGGAAAAACAGUUUCAAUUAUUAAUAGAUAAAUAUGUAAAGGAAGUCGAUGAUUUCUUUAAAGCAAAAUCGAAAGAAAUAUCAGGAAAUUAA